GAAGAAGAAGAAGAAGAAGAAGGAUCGUGACGAGCGAGCUCACGCCAGUCCAGCAACACAGAUUUAUCAGAGCAUCUGUAUCUCUGGUUAAACCUUUCUGAAUUAAUUUUUGCUGCCGACCAUUUUUAUCUUAAAUGACCUCCAUUAUCUCCCGACAGCCGACAAAGCUACGGAAGUUAGCUUAGCAUGCUAGCCGGAAACUGACGCGGACGGCAGUUAGCGACACAGCGCCAGCCAGAGCUUUGUUUUUAACGUAGCUAGCGUGGAAAAAAGUUUCUGUUUCUGUGUGUGAAAAUGACUAAAGCCCAAAUGCUGAGGGCGGUGGUGCAGCAGCGACUUAUUGCAGCUGCCGAGGAGAUAUUUGGGCUGUUUGAAAGAACAAUAGCAGAGUACGAGGAGGAACUUUGUCGAUCACAGAUGGAGAGCAUGCGACAACGGAAACUACUGGACGCUGUUUACAACCCUCAGCUUCGGUUACACAGAGAAGACAUCCAGGUGCUGUUGGUGGGUAAAGAAGAGGUUCCCUUUGAGCAACAGGAGUGGAGCUCCAGUCUCGACCAGGAAGCCCCACACGUUAAAGAGGAACAGGAGGAACUCUGUAUCAAUCAGGAGGGGGAGUGGCUUCAAGGGCUGGAGGAGGCUGAUGUCACUAGGUUCCCAUUCAUUUCUGUCCCUGUGGAGAGCGAAGAUGUGGAAGAGAACCCUCACUACUCACAGCUUCAUCAAAGACAAAUUGAACAGAUGGCAACAGAAGCUGAUGGAGAGGACUAUGGAGGACCUGAUGCAGCCAACGACUCAAAUCCAGAUAGAUAUUUACAGUCAGAUACUGAUGAUGACUCAAGUUCUCAAGCCUCUGAAAGUGAUACUAAAUCUAAGAAUUGCAAGAAACCACUGAGCUGCCCUGAGUGUGAGAAAACCUUUAGAUUGAAGGCACACCUGGUGAGUCACAUGAGAGCUCAUACAGGGGAAAAAAAAACGUGGAGCUGCUCAGUCUGUAAGAAAUCUUUUCCGGGGCGUGCUCACUUAGAUAGACACAUGAAAGUCCACACUGUAGAGAAAUCUUACACAUGCAGUGUUUGUGAGGAAUCUUUUAGAGGGACUGCAAGUCUAGUGAGACACAUGAAAAUCCACGUAGGAGAGAAACUUUUCAGCUGUUCGAUCUGUACGAAAAAAUUUUCAGUGAAUGCAAAGUUACAGAAACACAUGAGAAUCCACUCGGGAAUUAAACCAUUCGGCUGCUCAUACUGUCCGAAAACUUUUGCUCGAAGUCUUUCUUUAAUAGAACACGUGAGAAACCACACAGAGAAACCUUUUACAUGCCCAGUGUGUAAGAUGUCUUUUACAGUGAGUAAAACACACUUGAAAAUCCACACCAAAGAGAAACCAUUCAGCUGCACAGCUUGUGAGAAAAUUGUUACAGUGGUUGGAAAUUUAUAUGAACACAUGAGAAUCCAAACUGAAGAGAACGCUUCCAGACAAGACAAGGCUGGGGACUCCCCUGAACCUGAAACUGAAGACAUUGAUGAUGAGUGCGCUGGGCGUCUGUCCUCACAGAUUCAUGGAACUCAAGCUGAAAAGAACAGUGAGGUAGAGCCUCCAGUCAACAGCUCAGCUGAAGAGACGGAAACAUGCACUGAAGAAGAGUACCAUGAAGAAUUUGAACCUGACAGGAACUCAAAGCCAGAUAAACAUCCCGAAUCAGAUUCUGAUUUCAAGCCUGAAGACUGUUCCGAACCGGAGACUGAUGACAGUGAGGAUUAUUGGAGGGAGACCAGAAACUCUCGCACAGGCUUAAACCCUUCGAAAAAUGAUAAAGUCCCUGUCAGUGUUAUGGAUGAGAAACCAUUUAUCUGCUGUGAGUGUGGGAAAAGUUAUAUCACCCUAGGGAAUCUGACCAGACACAUGAAUAUCCACAAAGGAGAAAAAAGAUUCAUCUGCAAUUAUUGUGACCAAAGAUUCUCUCGGUUACUCGACCUCAGGAGACAUCGAUGUGUUAAUCCGCCCGCACGGCGUCAUCAGACUGAAACUGGGGAAAAACAGAUGGUAAUAAAAAUAAUGGAAAUAAAAACUGAGAGAAGGGACUGUGUAGGACCAGAACCAGUCAGGACUUUAGACACAGAUAGACAUCCAGAACCAAAUACUACUAAUGACAAGUUAGGAGACUCUUGUGACCCUGAGACUCACAAGAGUGAAGACGGGGAUGAUGGUGAUCAGAAGGAGACAAGUAAAGCUCAGUCAGAUUUAAAUUCUCUGGAAAAAUCCCCGUAAGUGAUUCAAGAUGUAACACCUGCUGCUCUGAGGUUGGUUAAAAAAAGGUUAGAAUGGGCUCAAGAACACUCACUAAGGCGGGGAUGUCCAAUGUCUGGCCUGGGGGCCAAUCGUGGCCUGCAAGGCUGCUUUAUUUGUAUCGCACAUUUAAUGCACAAGGGCAAUUCAAAGUGCUUUACAGAGCAAUAAAAUAUGUGUACUAUCAAUUAGUAAAUGAUUUAAAAUUUUAAAAAAUUGCCAGGUUCAAAGAUAAAAAGAUUAUUUAAAAUGAUUUGAAACUGAGUUUUGAAAUAAGGUUGCAGUCGUUACAGGGUGGAGUAGGCAGUGUAAAAAAGAUUUUUAGCUCAGAGACGGAGCAUGUCCGCCAUCAUCUAGGAGGUUAUUCCAGGUUUUUGCUGCAUGAUGACAAAUUGCUGCGUCACGAUGUUUUGUUCUGACUCUUUGGACGGUCAGUAGGCCAGCCCCAGAUGUCCUCAGGGUCAUAGAAGGUUAAUUUGUCACAAACAUGUCAGAACAAUAUUUUGGCACUCAGCCACAGAGUGAUUUAUACACAAGCAGCAAGAUUUUGAAAUCAGUUCUCUGAGUGACAGGUAGCCAGUGUCAUAUUUCCAGACCAAUUUUAAAAGGCCUCCGACUAGUUUUUCAAAAUAUGUGGCCUGCCACUCAAUAUUGGCUAAUGAAGCAAGCUCGCUUUGCAUUUUUCACAAUGGCAGCACUGUCAUACAGUUCAUUAACAUGCACCAAAUAGGUACUUUGCAGGAGGGAACAAUGUCUUUUCACAAACAGAUGGUAAAGAAGUAGACAAACGGUUUCACUCUAGGUAGAAGUAUAAAGUCGACAGCAAUGGUUUUAGGAGCCUUGGCAAGUUGAAUCCCUUUUCACUGAAGCAGGAAACAGUUGGAUUUCUCAUGAGUAUAUGAUUUUUUUUUCCCAGUAACACAAGAUGCAAGAAGCAGCUGGCCCCCUGGUGUUUGCACAUUAUCUAAUAUGGCCCCCGUUCCAAAGAGUUUGGACACCCCUGCACCAAGGAGAGAAACCAUACAGUUAAUCGUUGAGUGAGAAAGGUCAUAUAACUGUCCAGGGCUGGGCAAUUAAUUGAAAAUGAAUCGCUCUAACAGACCUUCAGAAUCUUGCCCAUGUCUGUCAUUCAGUUGUUUUUUUUUGUUUUUUUUUUUGUUUUUUAUUCUUGUGAUAGUUUUCCCACUGUGUGUGUUCAUGUCCUGUCCUAUUAAAAAUGUACGA